AUGGAGUUUUCCUGGGGCGGCGGCCAGGAAUCCCGGCGUCUGCUGCUCUCCUUUCUUCUCUUCGCCGCCUGGGAGGUGGGGAGCGGCCAGCUCCACUACUCGGUCCCCGAGGAGGCCAAGCACGGCACCUUCGUGGGCCGCAUCGCGCAGGACCUGGGGCUGGAGCUGGCCCAGCUGGUGCCGCGCCUGUUCCGGGUGGCGUCCAAGGGCCGCGGGGACCUUCUGGAGGUGAAUCUGCAGAACGGCAUUUUGUUUGUGAAUUCUCGGAUCGACCGCGAGGAGCUGUGCGGGCGGAGCUUGGAGUGCAGCAUCCACCUGGAGGUGAUCGUGGAGCGGCCGCUGCAGGUUUUCCACGUGGAGGUGGAGGUGAGGGACAUUAAUGACAACUCACCCCUGUUCCCGGCGACACUAAAGAAUCUGUCCAUCGCGGAAUCCAGGCCUCUCUACUCCCAGUUUCCACUAGAGGGCGCGUCCGAUGCAGAUAUCGGAGUCAAUGCGCUGCUCACUUACAGCCUGAGCCCCAACGAAUAUUUUUCCCUGGAAAAACCAUCCGAUGACAAACGGGUAAAAGGUCUUGGGCUUAUAUUACAGAAAUCUUUAGACAGGGAAGAAGCUCCGGAGCUUCACUUAUUGCUCACGGCUACAGAUGGGGGCAAACCCGAGUUGACUGGCACCGUCCAGCUACUCAUCACUGUACUGGAUGCCAAUGACAAUGCCCCAGUUUUUGACAGAACAUUCUAUGCGGUGAGAUUACCAGAAAAUGUUCCUGAUGGAACAUUGGUAAUUAAACUUAAUGCCUCAGAUUUAGACGAAGGAUUGAAUGGAGAUAUCAUUUAUUCGUUCUCAAGUGAUAUUUCACAGAAUGUGAAAUCCAAGUUCCACAUUGAUCCAAUCACUGGACAAAUUAUAGUAAAGGGAUAUAUUGAUUUCGAAGAAAGCAAAUCCUAUGAACUUAUUGUAGAGGGCGUUGAUAAGGGACAGCUCCCAUUGUCUGGCCAUUGCAGAGUUAUUGUAGAAGUAGAAGACAAAAACGAUAAUAGCCCACAUUUGGAAUUCAAGUCUCUAUCACUUCCAGUCAGAGAAGACGCUCCACUGGGUACAGUCAUCGCUCUGAUAAGUGUGGCCGACAAAGACAUGGGUGUCAAUGGGCAGGUCACCUGCUCCCUGACGCCCCACGUCCCCUUCAAGCUGGCGCCCACCUUCAAGAAUUACUACUCGUUGGUGCUGGACGGCGCCCUGGACCGCGAGAGCGUGUCGGCCUACCAGCUGGUGGUGACCGCGCGCGACGGGGGCUCGCCCUCGCGGUGGGCCACGGCCAGCGUGGCGGUGGAGGUGGCCGACGUGAACGACAACGCGCCCGCCUUCGCGCAGCCCGAGUACACGGUGUUCGUGAAGGAGAACAACCCGCCGGGCUGCCACGUCUUCACGGUGUCGGCGCGGGACGCUGACGCGCGGGAGAACGCGCGGGUGUCGUACGCUCUGGUGGAGCGGCUGGUGGGCGCGCGCGCGCUGUCAAGCUACGUGUCGGUGCGCGCGGAGAGCGGCGAGGUGUUCAUCAGCACGACGCGCGCCCUGGACGAGGCGGACGCCGCGGGCCAGCGCCUGCUGGUGCUGGUGAAGGACCACGGCGAGCCGGCGCUGACGGCCACGGCCACCGUGCUGGUGUCGCUGGUGGACGGCGGCCAGGCGCCCCAGGCCGCGUCGCGGGCGCUGGCGGGCUCCGCGGGCCCCGGGUCCGCGCUGGUGGACGUCAACGUGUACCUGAUCGUGGCCAUCUGCGCGGUGUCCAGCCUGCUGGUGCUGACGCUGCUGCUGUACACGGCGCUGCGGUGCUCGGCGCCGCCCCCCGAGGGCGCGUGCGGGCCGGGCAAGCCCCCGCUGGUGUGCUCCAGCGCGGCGGGGAGCUGGUCGUCCUCGCGGCCGAGGCGGCAGAGGGUGUGCUCAGGGGAGGGCCCGCCCAAGACCGACCUCAUGGCCUUCAGUCCCAGUUUACCCGACUCAAAGGACAGAGAGGAUCUGCCACAGAUAACUGGGGAAUCCGUUGCAAAGGUUAGUUUAUAA